CGCGGGGCGGCGCAGAGCGUUCUCGGCGCGCAGCAGAGCGGACUGGUGCUGGGGUCGCGGGGCGCGCUGUGCUGGCCGGGGCCGGGAGCGGGGCCGAGCGGGAGCGGAGUCGGGCGUCGGGCCCGGGAAGCCGGGACCGGGCGGGGAGCAACCAUGGCGUCGCGGAGGGUCGGGGCCCGCGCCGCUGCGGGCGGCCUGGGCGCCGAGUAGCCGGGCCGGGCCGGAGCGCGGGCGGCGGCGGAGGCAGCUGCGCCCGCGCCUCCUGCCCUCCCAGGCCCCGCGCCCCGCGCCCGGGCCCCGGCGAUGGUGACACAUGCGGCGGCGGCGCGCCGGCGGCAGGACCAUGGUUGAGCGCGCCAGCAAGUUCGUGCUGGUGGUGGCGGGCUCGGUGUGCUUCAUGCUCAUCUUGUACCAGUACGCGGGCCCGGGACUGAGCCUGGGCGCGCCUGGCGGCCGCGCGCCGCCCGACGACCUGGACCUGUUCCCCACGCCCGACCCCCAUUACGAAAAGAAGUACUACUUCCCGGUCCGCGAGCUGGAGCGCUCGCUGCGCUUCGACAUGAAGGGCGACGACGUGAUCGUCUUCCUGCACAUCCAGAAGACGGGUGGCACCACCUUCGGCCGCCACCUCGUGCAGAACGUACGCCUCGAGGUGCCGUGCGACUGCCGGCCCGGCCAGAAGAAGUGCACCUGCUACCGGCCCAACCGCCGCGAGACUUGGCUCUUCUCCCGCUUCUCCACCGGCUGGAGCUGCGGGCUGCACGCCGACUGGACCGAGCUCACCAACUGCGUGCCCGGCGUGCUGGACCGCCGCGACUCCGCCGCGCUGCGCACGCCCAGGAAGUUCUACUACAUCACCCUGCUACGAGACCCCGUGUCCCGCUACCUAAGCGAGUGGCGGCAUGUGCAGAGGGGUGCCACGUGGAAGACGUCGUUGCACAUGUGUGACGGGCGCACACCCACGCCCGAGGAGCUGCCGCCCUGCUACGAGGGCACGGACUGGUCCGGCUGCACGCUGCAGGAGUUCAUGGACUGCCCGUACAACCUGGCCAACAACCGCCAGGUGCGCAUGCUGGCCGACCUGAGCCUGGUGGGCUGCUACAACCUGUCCUUCAUCCCCGAGGGCAAGCGGGCCCAGCUGCUGCUCGAGAGCGCCAAGAAGAACCUGCGGGGCAUGGCCUUCUUCGGCCUGACCGAGUUCCAGCGCAAGACGCAGUACCUGUUCGAGCGGACGUUCAACCUCAAGUUCAUCCGGCCCUUCAUGCAGUACAACAGCACGCGGGCAGGCGGCGUGGAGGUGGACGAGGACACCAUCCGGCGCAUCGAGGAGCUCAACGACCUGGACAUGCAGCUGUAUGACUACGCCAAGGACCUCUUCCAGCAGCGCUACCAGUACAAGCGGCAGCUGGAGCGCAGGGAGCAGCGCCUGAGGAGCCGCGAGGAGCGCCUCCUGCACCGGGCCAAGGAGGCGCUGCCGCGGGAGGACGCCGACGAGCCGGGCCGCGUGCCCACUGAGGACUACAUGAGCCACAUCAUUGAGAAGUGGUAGUGGCGGUGGUGGCCACGGGGAGGCCUCUUGAGGGGUGUGGGGGAUAAAACAGGACAGACGACAGGUCCACCCAAGACUGUCACACGGGAUGAGCAUCCCAAACCUGUUCCACAGAGGUAGCUGCGUCCUGAAAAUAAACAGAGCAGGGAUGUAGUGGGGCUGGGCGGGGAUGGGGGCUUGAGGAAUCAACAGGUGCAGCCCAGUGGGUCAGAGGAAAGCGUGCUCAAAGGAUGCCAUGGUCAGGGCAGGGCCUCCAGAGCAGGUGUUGUGCCUGCUCUCCUGGCCUCCUUGGAUUUAUCACAAAAACUGAAGGUUUGCACAAGAGACGAGGACAGCGGGAAAGUGGACCUGCCAGGUCGGGAGUGUGUCCCUCACCAACUAUGCACACAGCACUCGCUCUUAGCUCCUCUGUCCGGGCUACUAGGAGUGAGACCCGCUUCUGGCAACUGCCCCAGCUCCAGGCCAUCCCGUAGCCCCUCCCCUUCUGGCUGCCCCCAAUGCCCCAAGGUCUGGGGAGCCCCCAGCUCACCCAUCUGUAGCUCCCUCAAGGUCAGGGCCCACCCCAUCUGAGGCAGAGAAGACUCGAGUCCAGCCCCCAGGAAGCCUGCUCCCCUCUCUGGCCCAUGGUCCUGCUUCAUGCUUUGGGUCAGGAGGCCAAAGCUGAUGUUCAGGACCCACCCACUCCCUACAGUCCUCAGACCAAGGAGGGGUUUGGGUAGUGGGCCCGAGCUGCAUUGCCAGCCUUCCGUGGGCUGACUGGCAGCCCGGGAGUGGGGAGGCUUUGGCCAGGGAUGCUGCCACUUGUGCGUGAGUCCCCGGCUGGCCUUUGGAGCUGACCAUCCAGGCAGGCCUGGCUCAGACUGGAAGGGCUGGGGACCGAGCGCUCCCCUGCCUCUGUUCUCCUUUCUGACCCACUGGGAUUUGCUAGCAGGCUGCCCCAGCCCCAUCACCGAGACACGUACUCAAAUACCACUGCUCCCACCAGUGUGCGGAUUAAGUUCAUCAGGCUUCCAUCGGCUGGAGCAUGGGACCAUAGCCCCCGCCCAGGAGCCGUACCCUCGGACCACAGUUGGCUCUGGAUGGCCAGGAACGGGGACUCGAGCUUUCAGAUUCUCAACUAGCCUUGGCAAAACAGCUGUAGGUGGCCUCCCUGACAACAGACACUCAGCCCUCCCCACCCUGGCUCUCCUUGCAUUUCCCUGUGCUCCCCACCCCCUUGCAAAAGGCUGGCCAUGCUCUGUUCCUAGCAGCCCCGCAGGUUUCCCCACUGGCUGCAAUGGCCUUACUAAAAGCCAUGUUGCAUAUCCGUUGUAAGCACGUGCCCCGUGCCCUGUCCCCAUUCCUUAUGCCCUAGGAGGCCAAGCUGGUGUCUCUAGGAGGGCCCGCAUAGGCAUCCUGGAUCCCCCAGAGAGCAGAUUGGUGUGCUCAGGCCGCAGGCUGACUCAGAGGCAGGGCAGUGGGCUCUGCAGGCCGCCUGGCUGAGGUUGGUGGGGGUCCUCUCUCCUGCCCCAGCUUCCACUCAGCCACCACAGUUGCCCCACCAUGGGGUGGAGACAUGGGUCACCACGGGCUUGGGAGCAAGCGCCUUCUGCAGCACAGGAAGGCAAAGCUGGGGUCAGAUGAGGUUGCUACCCCUGGAGGUCUGGCAUAAGGGCCCCACCCUCAGGCCUCCUACACUGGCCCCAUUUUACUUUGGGGUCGAAGGACAGGAUGGUCAACAGGGCAGGGUGGACAGUGUGCCAGCGUCGCGCAGGGCCACCUCCCUGGGUGGAUGCAUCACACUAAGGAAGCAAGUGCCAAGGGGAUCUAGUGCUGUGGUUCUUUCAAAGGGAGGUCAGGGUCAAUGGGAAUCUGCUCGGACACUCAACAUUGGAGUGGAUGCACUCCUUGGAGGAGGAGGAACGUGUUAAGGGGAUCGUGAGGUCUUGCACAAGCCACGUGGGGCACCUUGGCCUCCCGGCAGGAGGUGGACACCCAGCCAGAGGCCUGGCUCGAGGUGGCCUCACCUUCACCAUGGGCUUCCUGGGUGCGCGGGCCCGAGCGCAGGUUGUUUUGUACAUAUUGGAAUAUGUGUUAACUUAUGCCCCGCAUCCCGACUCACACGGAAGCACGGGUCUUGUCUCGGUCUCUUCACUGCAUUUGGAAAGCAGUCUCCUCUCGGGCCAGCGCCGGGCUGAGGUGUUCAGAGGCGGCGGCAGCUGGCAGUGCCCUCAGACCCUGAGUGUCCAGCCUGGCACUUCCCAUUCAGGCCACCUGCUUUGUGUCAAUGGUUCCUUUGCCAGCAGCAUCUCCUAAAUUGUAAGGACUCUGUCCACUCAGGGCCCUCCCAGGGCUGCAAGGAUGGAAGCAGGCAGGCAGUGGAGCUAACAGCUUAGUCACCAGGACCCCCAGACCUGCAAACGUCCCCUCCUGGAGGGGGAAGGCAGGAACAGCAGAACUGCCCACAAAACAAGGCUGUGAACUUUUCGGGAACUGGAACUGUUUAACUUGAACCCAGGAUCGUUUAAAGCUUUAUUUAUUUAUAGCUUCUUCUUAAAAAAAAGUGUUGAAGAAAUUUUUUGGUUAUUCAUACAAAAAAAAAUGAGUUGAUGAUGGAAAAGCAAGUCAUAAUCAUCUAAUUGUUUUUGUCUAGGUCGAGAAUGAAUGUUAGCCGAUGAAAUAAACCCUGACAAGGAG